AUGGCUAAACUCGCAACCAUCUCUGUUGCUUUCCUUCUCCUCUUUGCGUUAUCGCACGCAGCGCCGGCUGAAAAACAACCAGUUAAAGACGACCUCGAGGCCCCCGCGGAAAAAGGAGACCUCAAGGCCGCGGCCUCGCACUGGGGCGGGUGGGGCGGCUACGGGGGCCACUGGGGCGGCUACGGCGGCUGGGGCGGCUGGGGCUCACCGUACUACGGUAGUUACUACAGCUGGCCGAGCUACAUGUACGGAUACGGGUACGGAUGGCCGUACUACGGCGGAUACGGAGGCUAUGGUGGAUACGGCGGGUGGGGAUACGGACAUCAUGGCUAUUGGUGGUAA